GGCCCUGUCCAAGAACUGAGAUGGAAAUCCCAAGUUCCCAGCUGUCUGGUCCGUGUUCAUGCCAACCCCACACGCAUAUCCAAAACCAUCCACUCAAACUCAAAUGUCUCUCUCUUCCAAUUCAGGCCUCCAUUGGAUUGGGGCUGAAAGCAAAACCAGCACGGCUGAGAUGUCAAUCGCACCUUCCCUUCCUCGCCUUCACUCUUCUUUCAUAUGCUGCCCUCUUAAGCUCUCUUCCCCUUCUCCCUCCUUGUCCCACAAAUUCGCCAGAAAUCGAAGGUCGCCAGCUUCCUAUCCAAGAAUUAGGGCUCUUGACCUCGAUCAAAACACGAUAGUGGCGAUAUCGGUGGGAGUUGUGAGCGUUGCCGUUGGGAUUGGAGUCCCAAUUUUCUAUGAGACACAAAUUGAUAAUGCUGCGAAGCGAGAGAACACUCAACCCUGCUUCCCUUGCGAUGGAUCGGGCGCACAGAGAUGCAGGUUUUGCAUGGGAACCGGCAAUGUGACGGUAGUGCUUGGUGGAGAUGAGAAAGAAGUCUCCCGAUGCAUUAACUGUGAUGGUGCUGGUUCCUUGACAUGCACUACAUGUCAAGGCUCUGGUAUUCAACCUCGGUACCUUGAUCGCAGAGAAUUUAAAGAUGAUGAUUGAAGUCUCCCAUGAAGCAUUGGCUUAUGGAUUCUGGAUUCAAGUGGAUGGGCAAUUAACUCCUUUAAGUCAACUUAAGGAGGAAUGAACCAACGCCAAUUUUUCUUUUUUGGUAGACUUCUUUAAUUUUGUCAUAUCUUCUCAUGCCUUCUGAUGUAUAAACAACAACCUUUUGUCUCUCUUUCUUUGGUUGAUGUGGAAAAUGAUGAAUGGAGAUUCCAUUAACCAAA